GGCUGGCGGGCGAGCGGGAUGGAACGCCGAGACACCGGCGGAAUGCUCCGAGUCGCCACAUAAUCCCACGGAACGGCCGCGCCGAACGCCAUUGGCUUCGCGCUGCUCCCCGCGCCGCCGCCGGCUCCCGCCUUCGCCUCGCCGCCUCCCCCUCGGCCCGCCGCCUCCGGAGCUGGGGGGGAAACGCCGAGCCCCAUCGCAAUGGAGACCGCGGCCGCGGCGCAGCGCCUCCCCGAGCCCGGCCGGGAGGACCGAGCUCCGGCUUCAGCGGCCGCAGCGGCGGCGGCGGCGGCUCUGGUGGCGGCGGCCGGGGGCGGCCGGAGCCCGGAGCCCGCGCUGACCUCGAGCGGGGGGCACGGCAGAGGGGCGCGGGCGGAGGCUCCCACAGAUGCGCAGCCGGGCAGGGCGAGCUGCACCGGGCGCAGGCGGCGGCGCGCGGCGCCCCAGGCCCCCGCCGGCGGGGCUCCCCUUGCGCCCGGGGCCAGCGGCGCCAACUCCCUGCUGCUGAGGAGAGGGCGGCUCAAGAGGAAUCUGUCCGCGGCCGCCGCCGCCGCCUCGUCGUCGUCGGCCGCGGCAGUCUCGCGCUCGCCGGGCGCCGCCGGCCUGGCUGCCUCCUGCUCGGCCGCGGCGUCGCUGUGCACCCGCAGCCUGGACAGGAAGACGCUGCUCCUCAGGCACCGGCAGGCGCUCCAGCUGCAGCCGUCGGACCGCGACUGGGUGAGGCAGCAGCUGCGGCGGGGUUGCGUGCAUGUCUCCGACCGCCACCUGGCCGCCGCCGGCCUGCGCCCGGUGCUCUGCACGCUGGACACCACGGCCGCCGAGGUGGCCGCCCGCCUGCUCCAGCCGGGCCACAAGGGCGGCGGCGGCGUGCUGAAGGUGCUGGGCAGGGGGACCGAGCCGCCGUGCACGCCCCCCGCCCGCCUACCGCUGCCCUCGGGGGGCGCCGUGGACGGCGCGGUCGCGCGCGCGGCCUCCGACGCGGAGAGCUUCAGCCUGAGCCCCAGCGCUGAGAGCGUGGCUGAUCGCCUGGACCCCUCCGGC